AUGUACCUGAAGAGGAAAGACAUUUCCGGAGGAAUUGCGGGAACUUGCACAGAUCUGUGUUUCUUCCCCAUUGACACGCUCAAGACCCGUCUGCAGGCCAAGGGUGGCUUUUUUGUCAACGGAGGAUGGCAUGGAGUGUACCGAGGAGUCGGAUCGGCUAUCGUGGCCUCGGCACCAGGAGCUUCUCUCUUCUUCCUGACCUACGAGUACACCAAGACGCAUCUUACUCCCCAUGUGCGUGCUCUCAUUCUCAACGAUGACGUGGCACAAGGUGUCACUCACAUGAUUGGAGCUUCUCUUGGAGAAGUUGCUGCCUGUAUGGUUCGAGUGCCCUCAGAGGUGAUCAAGCAGAGAGCCCAGACUGGUCACUACAAGUCGUCCAUGGAGGCCCUCAAGUCGAUCCUCAAUAACUCUAGCGGCGAGGGAGUGCUGCGAGGUCUGUACCGAGGCUACGCUACCACCAUUGUGCGAGAAAUCCCCUUCACCAUGAUCCAGUUUCCUCUGUACGAGUUUCUCAAGAAGAAGUGGGCUCGGGCCACCGAAAGAGAUGUGGUCACUUCCAAGGAGGCUGCCGUAUGUGGAUCUUUCUCUGGAGGUGUUGCUGCUGCUCUGACCACUCCUCUGGAUGUGAUCAAAACCCGUCUGAUGCUCCACAAGCAGAGACAGACCUUUUUCCAGACGUACCGGCAGAUAGUCCAGACCGAGGGAUACAGUGCUCUGCUCAAAGGCAUUGGUCCUCGAACCAUGUGGAUCUCUGCCGGAGGAGCCAUUUUCCUUGGAGUCUACGAGACCGCCAAGAAGAGUCUGACUGGUGUGCUCGAUAAGCCCAAGUUGGACUAG